UUGUUGAGACUGGCUACGAAAGACAAAGGAAAAUCUUCGAGGAAGAAACCUCGCACAUGGAGCCACAAAACCGGUGGAAGCUGUGGAGCCUACUGGAACGAUAUCACGACACCCGAAAAGAGCCCAAAGUUGCGAGAGUCAAGUACGCGGCCAGAUUCACAGUCCAUGGCAGGCCUUUCAAGGCGAGAGUACGGCACUACGAGCCGGAAAUGCGUGAGGAGCUCGAUAAGCAGGUUAAGAAACUCGAGUUAGGAGACCUUCGAAGAGUGAGUGGGCCGCGGCUCCACACUUUGUCAAGAAGAAAACGGGAGAAUGGAGGUGCGUUAUAG